AUGGCGCAAACACCUCAACAGAGACGUGCGAACGCAAAGUUCGCCAAGGAUAAUGAAGCUCGCAUGGGCAAGUCUGAGGACCAGAUGAAGAAGCGUACCAAGGAUGCCCCCAAGUCGCCCAUUUCUCCUAUCUGGCUUGUUCUUCUCGGCUUCGUCGUUUUCGGUGGCAUCAUUUUCGAGGUUCUCUCUCGCAUGUUCGGUUUCUAA